GUACACACGAAUGCAUUUCAAAGUUCUGUUCCUUUCUCUUCAAGAGAAACACUUUUCCCGUCGUCGUCGCGGCUUUCCAGCAAAAUCGAAAUUCUUUUGUUUUUUCGCUGAAUCGACUUUAAAUCCGGAUUGUGUCCUUCCCGCGUCGCGUUUGCAGGCGGCUUGAUUCCAAAUAUUUGACGUGUUUCGUGCAGAAUUGUUGAAAUUAGCUGAGAUCUUCCGACCCGAAAGAUGGACGAGUGCUGGGAUGAUGAUCCCUCGCUAGGUGCCCCAGCUGUUUCCAACAGCUACGACAGCGGAAGCUACUUCCACAACGGUGGUCACGGCGGUGGAGGCGGAGGCUACGGAGGUGGCGGCGGCGGUGGUGGUGGUUACAAUAACCGGGACCGUGACUUUAAUCGGGGCGAUAGGGGUGGUCCAAACCGACGAGGGCCUGGUGGCCGAUUCGGAGGUGGAGGAGGUAGCGGUGGACCGGAAAGCUGCUACGGGAAAAGCACCCGUAAAAGCUUCCAGGUUCAGUCCCGUAACAUUCCGAGGAUCAUUGGCCGGCAGGGGUGUAACAUAAAGCGCAUUCGGUACGAAUCGCGAGCGGAUGUGGACAUAGAUGACAACAACCCCGGAAAUGGCCAGUCCACGAUCACGCUAGCUGGCGAACCCGAAAACGUCCAGAAGGCAGAGGACGCGAUUUUGGAGAUAAUCAACAGUGACGGGAGCCGUUCCGGUGGAGGGCCAGGAGGCGGAGGUGGCGGCGGAUUCCGCGGGGAUAAUCGCCAGCGUGAUUUUUCCUUUGAUUCCCCCCGGCCUAGGCACGCGGAAACGUACCAACAGCAGCAGCAGCAGCAGCCGGUGGUCCGCGAAAAGAGUCCGGAGAUCAUCGACUGGGACGCGCUCAAUAAGCAGUGCGACGCGGCCCGCCAGGAACAGUGGGGCAAGUGUCCCCAGCUGGUGAAACACUUUUACCAGGAGCAGCCGGAGGUGGCCAACAUGAGCCCGGACGAGGUGGCCGCGUUCCGAUUGGCCAACAACAACAUUGUUGUGGACCGGACGUUCAAGGACGAAGGCAAACCGUCGGAACCGAUUCCGAACCCGUGCCAGACGUUCGAGCAGGCGUUCCACGUGUGGCCGGAACUGCUGGAGGAAAUUCGAAAGGCCGGCUUCGUGAAGCCUUCCCCGAUUCAGGCCCAGGCGUGGCCUGUGCUGCUGAAGGGCGAGGACAUGAUCGGAAUCGCUCAAACCGGAACGGGCAAAACGUUGGCCUUUUUGCUGCCGGCGUUUAUCCACAUCGACGGUCAGCCGGUUCCUCGCGGACAGCGUGGUGGGCCGAAUGUGCUGGUGAUGGCGCCGACCCGUGAACUGGCGCUGCAGAUCGAAAAGGAGGUCCAGAAGUACCAGUUCAAGGGCAUUAAGGCAAUCUGCCUGUACGGCGGCGGUGACCGUCGGCAGCAGAUCAAGAAGGUUGGUGAGGGCGUGGAGAUAAUUAUUUGCACGCCGGGUCGGCUCAACGAUCUGGUAAGUGCCAAUGUGAUUGACAUCACGUCCAUUACCUACCUUGUGCUGGAUGAAGCUGACCGGAUGUUGGACAUGGGCUUCGAACCACAAAUCCGGAAACUGCUGCUCGAUAUCCGGCCUGAUCGGCAAACGAUCAUGACAAGUGCGACUUGGCCGCCCGGCGUGCGUCGCCUGGCGCAGUCCUACAUGAAGAACCCGGUGCAGGUGUACGUCGGAACGUUGGACCUGGCGGCCACUCACACCGUCACCCAGCAGAUCGAAGUCAUCGACGAGGAGGACAAGUACGUUCGAGUUAUGGGCUUCGUGAAGAAUAUGGGCAAAAACGAUAAGGCGAUCAUCUUUUGCGGCCGAAAGACGCGCGCCGACGAUCUUUCCUCCGAGUUUGUCCUGUCCGGCAUCAACUGCCAAAGUAUUCACGGCGACCGGGACCAAGCGGAUCGCGAGCAGGCCCUCGAGGACAUCAAAUCCGGCGACGUGCGGGUGCUUAUCGCAACGGACGUGGCGUCGCGUGGCCUCGACAUCGAAGACAUUACCCACGUCGUGAACUACGACUUUCCGCGCAACAUCGAGGAGUACGUGCACCGGGUGGGACGAACGGGCCGUGCCGGACGGACCGGCAUUUCGCUGAGCUUCUUCACCAGAAGUGAUUGGGCCAUUGCGGCCGAACUGAUCAAGAUCUUGGAGGAGGCCGAGCAGGACGUGCCGGACGAGAUCCGCGCAAUGGCGGAACGGUUCGCGGCCAAGAAGGAACGGGACAAUCGUGAACGGUCCGACUUUGGCGGAAGGGGCGGUGGAAGGGGAGGUGGUCGUGGCGGCGGCGGUGGCCGUCGGGACAGAUGGUAGAUUUUACACUUUUUGAUCGUUAAACUUAAUUUUACGUGAGCGCCUGUCGCUUUCAUUCAUUUGCGCUCCAAAGAACCUUUUUUUUAAUCAUACCUCCGGUAUUCCUACCGAUCGGAACAAUUUUUCCAGCCUCACACGACAAGUUGAUCUUGAUUUCGGGUUCGCAAUUGCUAGAUACAUACUAAAAAAAAGAAGGAACUAUUCUGAACAAGACAAGUCCGGCUUUCGGAUUAAAUCAUUGUAGUUUUAGGAAAUUCCACAACAAUGCUUUUUUUGUAGUGAAGAAAAGAAAAGUAUCAUUUCGUUCGAAAUGAUGAGUGAAUUUAAUUUAGGCAAAGACUUUGAAACUUUGUAUGAUUUAAUUAUUGAAUAAAACGGCGCGAUUUAUCGUAUGUUACAAA